GGGAUACUUUCGCAGACCUGCAGCAAUGACAAGUGAGACUGCAUUCAAAACAGUUGCUCAAACAUCAACGUGCCCCAAGCUACGAAAAGAUAUAAAAUGUAUUAUUUACAAUACCUAUUGAGUGUUAGUGUUAUAGUGUUAAGUUUAUCUCAAGUCACAGUAUCGGAAAAGGAAGAAAUUGAAAUUCAAAAAAUAUUUGCAACAUGCAAGAAGAAAUCGCCAGAGUUCGACGGAUGCGUCAAACGAGCCUUAAAUAAACUGAAGCCAUAUUUUAAGAGAGGUAUACCAGAUAUGGGUGUUGCACCGUUUGAUCCUCAUUUCGCGCGUGAGGUAAAGCAGGUCCGAACCGUAGGUGGGAUGGGGUAUACGCUGAAACUAAAAAACGUCUUUGAACGAGGUUGGUCGCAAUCUACCGUCACAAAAUACAAGACAGAUUGGGACAAUCAGAGAAUAAUUUAUUCGCAAUAUUUUCCUGAAAAAUCACUGGAAGGUGAUUACGAAUUUAAGGGAGAUGCCUUCGGUCUUGGAGUACUCCGUACUGGUCACUGGAACUUGACUCUACGUGAUUACUCUCAGACAACGAGAAUCAAACGAAAUGGAAGCGGCGUAUAUGUACUCGUUGAGAUCGACCAUAUUGGCGAUAUGGAUAUCCAUGUCAGCAAUCUGCUGCAAGGCCGGAGUAUAAUGGAGAGUGUUUUGGAUCGUAUUAUAAAUGCAUCUUGGAAACCAGGAUUCGCUGUAAUAAGGCCGCUCAUUAACGACUUAGUCAGCACUGCAUUUACAGACAUCUGGAGUACGUCCUUCAAAGAUUUCCCAAUAGAGGCCUUCAUCCGGGACUGACGUUUGUUAGACAUAGAAUUUUCAAUGUAGGUCCUAAGGACCAAAAAAAUGUUAAGAAACCUUAGGGUUCUAAGUCUUUAGUUGUUAAGUAUUGUAUAGGAAAUAAAAAAACAGGACUAUAUUACA